AUGGCAGGUUCCGAUCGACUUGGAGCUAGUAGCAAAGGCAAGGGACUGGUCACUGGCAGUGGUGUAAAGGCCAAGGUCAAGAAAUCCAGUGCAAAGUCCAAGUCUAAAUCCAAAUCCAAAUCCAAAUCCAAAGCGAGCAAGAACAAGAGCAAGAGCAAGGACAAGUCGGAAUGGGAUUUGAAGUCAAUUACCUUGGCGAUAUUAAAUCAAAUCGAAGAGGAGUCAAGUGAUUCGGACGAUGAAGUUGAAGAAAUUCAAGUUGGUGGUCCUAACAUGCCAGCUUGGGCUGAGGACCUUCUCAAUGAGUCUGAUGACUUAGAGGCGCAAAUUGCCCGUUGCGACCAGCGUAUUCAAGAAGGGAUUCAGCCUCAUCUUUUCGAGGAGCGAUUGAAGAUUCUCGAGGCGUCUAAACUCAAGCGAGACUCUUUAUUGGCAAGAUGGCCUGGCCUUUCUUACGAGGUUGCGCAACGAAUCGCGUUUUUUGAGAGACUCCAACAUUUCAUUUUCUCGGAUCCUAAUGGAGACGAGUGCGAGGUGCUUCCCAAUGUCAGAGCUAUUGUGGAGGCCUACAUUUCAGGAAGACUUAAGUGGGUUCCAGGAUAUGUGACCUACUGGUCAAAUGGAGAACAGCUCACAGACCUAAGAGAAUUUUCUUGGGAGGAGUUCCUUCAAUGGAACUUCAAGUAUAACGGCUCUAAGAGAUUCUGGGUUGAAGGUCUUCGAAAUGCACCUGCCCUUCCAGACACCACAUUCCUAGCUGGCGAGAAUCGACAACAACCCGAUUCGCCAGUCAUGGGAGUUGAACACACAAACUGGCACGAUGAUCCACGGGAGGGAUAUCCAAGUCUUAUUUUCUGGCUGAUCGAUGACACUGGAGCCGAUAUUUGCACUAUAACCGACGCCGAUGUAGCUCAUCUGCAGGGACAAACCGGUCUAGACGGCCUCCCACCUCUCCUUGGUUAUGCCGAAGUUUCAGGUGCUACCGGACAGCCACCAGUGUUUGAGCAAAUCAGGGCACUCGAAAUCAAUCUGUGGGGAGAAGACCGUCGCACAAAUAGUAGAGGAGCCGAGAUGAUGCCUAAUUGGGAUAUCAUUGAAGUUGCCAUUGCGAGGAACCCGGUAGAUCCUACCAACGAACCCACAAGAAUUCUAGGUCCAUGGUUGAGACACCGAUUCUAUACUGGAUCGGCUCCUGAUGGCUCGGGUCGUCUUUAUAUUCUUAAGAAGAGGCGGCGAUUCUUCGAAAUGCCACAUACAAGGGUUGGAGAAUCGGGGUUGCUUCCAGGGUCGGUUAUUCGGUCGAUAGAUCCAGGGCCUUGA